CUAGGUACCGCCGGUCUGGGGCCUUAUCCCCGCCUUCCUUUCCCGCCAUCAUGAGGUUCCUGGUGACAUCGUGCUUGUUUGGUCUAGCACUGGCCGGCCCAUUCCCUGGGUUCCGCUACGCGUACACGAUACCUCAAGCCAAUCAACAAGUAUGGUCGCAAUUCAACGAACGCUCUGGCACCAACUAUGCCUAUGGUUACGAGUUCCCGGGACGAGUUCACCAUGAGUCAAGAGACGUGGGUGGCAAUGUCAGGGGAGUUGUUGGUUUUGUGGAUGCCAACGGAUCACCAAAUGUCUGGAAAUACAGCAGCGACCCGAAUAAUGGAUUCAGAGUUGAUACUGAAGUAGGCGAGAGCAGUCCAGAGGUACGUUCACGAGACCAAACGCCAGAGGAAGACUCUACGGCCAUCUUUUACACGGCCAAAGACGGUUCAGGGAGAGAGCAGUUCUCCGUCAACCCUCUGCUGAAGAGCGCAGUCCUCUCCCAGCACAUCUACGCCGCUGGGAGCUCCCCAUUCUCCAAAACGCCCCAAUUCUUCGUCGACCACGAGCAGGUGGAGGAAGCAGGGAGCGUGUCUGCUUUAGCAGAGCGGUUCGGCGCCGUUCCCGUAGCGGCGGUGCAUGACGUUCAGAGCAGACCUUCUCAGGCUAGUCUGGCGUCCGAGUCCUUUUCUCCCCUUCUGAAUUUCAACGAGGGUUUGUAUACGCUCGAAGUCCCCGUCCAGUAAUGUGUGGCUUUUUCUGUUAUAUGUAUUUUCAUCGUAGGUCAUCUGACAGGACCAGCUUCUUACUCUUAACUGCUUUCUCUGGUAAUGGAGGAGGACAUCAUAUUCACAGCAGAAUCUCGUGAAAUUUAGGAAGAAGAGCGAUGAUUCUCUUGACUCUUCUUCUUAGUUGGCUUUGCGGGAUUUCAGGUGCUUUCUCACGAGCGACUAUGUUUUCUGGUAUCUUUUAACGCCUUGCUGCAAUGAAAUCCCAAGACUUUCUUUUUGGUAACUAAAACUUGCAUAAAAUCUGCAAGGAGUUAACAGAUGCCCUCUUAAGCUAUCACAUCCCUCACUCCCUAAAAUAUGAAAAAGGAGCUCGUGUGACAUCGACAUAGAAGUACUACUUGGUUAAUUUUAAAUCAGAAGACAGUUGGGUACCAUGCGUCUAUAAUUAUCUCAGGUUUCCUUUGGUUUGGUGCCUGGAGCGCCACUGAACUUGUGUAUUCAAAGAAGGAAAAGUUAGAAUAUAUAUAUAUCUAUAUAUC